UGUUUGAUCCUGACUUCUCUGCCCCUCCUCUUGUUCAAAUGUCCACGCUGAUACAGACUGAAUCUGUAGUGUAGUCACAUGCACAUGCUCUGCUUGGUGUAUAUUGCUAGAGAGGUUUUUUUUGUUCUUGGGAGGGUGCAUGUGAUCAGCACAGGGCCAAUCAGAACUGUCCAGACAGAGGGUCAGGGUUUUCUCAUCCUCCUAGAGCAGAAAGAAAACUCCUCCUACAAAGCUUUAACCAGUGCUCUGCUGAAGUCACAAGACACUGAUAGAAGUCACAAGGCUCUAACUGCUGAUGAGAAAAGGUAUUUAGCACUUUAUAUUUACUAAAUUAAUUGCAUUUCCAUGUUGUGUAUACUGUGCGAGACCAGAUAUAGUGAAUGCAGGGAACUGG